AUGUCUGAUGUGGCUGCCCUUGAGGCAGAAGUGAAGGAAUUCAAGCUUCAGCUUGAAACGGUGCAAUCGAGCUUGCAGGUAGACCCCGACAACACGGAACUUCAGAGCCUCAAAACUGAACUCGAAGAACUCAUAACCCUCACCGAAACAUCCAUCGCCGAGCUCAAACCCGCUGCACCUCCGGCACCGAAACCAGCACCUCCUAAAGACAAGCGGUCUCAAGAGCCACCCAGUCGCAAACCCACCGUUGAGCCAACAGAGGAGGCCGCACAAGCGCUGGCCUCUUUUUCGGUUAAUGACAAUGUCCUGGCCCGCUGGGUCUCGGGGGACAACGCCUUCUAUCCCGCUCGCAUCACCUCCAUCACUGGCUCCUCCAACAACCCCGUUUAUCUGGUCUCAUUCAAGUCCUACGCGACGGUGGAGAACCUGACGGCCAAGGAUCUCCGGCCCAUCUCUGGCACUGAUUCGCGAAAGCGCAAGGCUGAUGCAACCUCAGGCAGUUCAGCGUCACCCUCACCCGCACCCGCACACCCCAGCGUGAUCUCGGCGGCCGCCGAAAUUAACCCGACGCUGGCCAAUCAGGCUCGAAAAGAACCGAGCCAUGCCAAUGAUGGACCGGCCCGUCCUGCCAAAGUGCCACGUAAGGUGAAGGCCACUCGCGAGCUGGAGGAAGGCAAGAACAAGUGGAAGGACUUUGCCACCAAGAGCAAGGGGAAAUUUGGCAAGAAGGAGAGCAUGUUCCGGACCGGGGAGGGCGUCAAUGCCCGAGUGGGAUUCACGGGGUCUGGCCAGCAAAUGCGCAAGGAUCCAACAAGGACGCGCCAUAUCUACCAGCCAGUGGACGAUGAUGGCUACUAA